AAAUGGGACAAAGUGGGUACUGAUGCUCUGGGGGUGAAAGAUUUGCCUCCAAAACUUUUCAUUGCCGGGAGAAAAAAAACCAAAGAACCCGCUUUCAAUUUUGGCAUGAAAUUUGUUUGAACCCGCCUUUCCCAUUUCCUAAUUGGAGGAGCCCGCCUUAGGGAAAAAAAGAAAAGAAACUACUCCUGAAUCCCCAAAAUAACACUCACCAUCACCAAGGUCAAAAAACCACUCUCUGCGAUCUCUCUCUACGUAUUUUGUACCUAAAACCCCCCAAUCUUAGCCUUAGGGUUUUAAUUUCUUCUAUUAUUUCUGUUGUUCUCUGUUCCAAUUUUUCUCUCUACCAUGGCCAGUGAAACCCUAGAGAAGAAAUCAGACGAGGAAGCUCCCUUGGAGGACAAAGAAGCUCCCGUGGAGGACAAAGAGGAGCCUAAACAUGAAGAACAGAAGGAUCAAGAUCAAUCACCAAUAGAUGCUGAAAAGAAAGAGGAGGAAGGUAAUUCGGAAGAGGUUUCUGAGGGAAAUGAAGAACCUCCAGAGGAACUAGUAGAAGAGAAAGAAAAAGAGGAGGAAAAGGAAGAGGUUGCAGAGGACCAUGAAGAAGUAAGCACGAAAGCUAAGCGAGGUGGCCGAAGGGGCUCUGCGAAGAAAGAGCAGAAUGAGUCUGGCAAGCAAACUGAGAAAAAUUCAGAGAAGAAACACAGUAAAGAAUCCACCGAGAAGAAAGACCGAGAGCCUGUGACUCCAAGCAGUGAGAGACCUACCAGGGAGAGGAAGACUGUGGAAAGGUACUCUGCACCAGAGCCUGGGAGAUCAGCGAGCAAGCCAUUGUCAAUUGAGAAGGGACGUGGCACACAGCUUAAGGAUAUUCCAAAUGUGGCUUUCAAGUUGUCCAAGAGAAAACCUGAUGACAAUCUGCAGAUGCUUCACACCAUACUUUUUGGAAAGAAAGCGAAGGCUCACAAUUUGAAGAAAAACAUAGGCCAGUUUUCGGGAUAUGUUUGGGCUGAGAAUGAGCAGGAAAAACAGAAAGCGAAAGUAAGGGAGAAGCUUGACAAGUGUGUUAAAGAAAAGUUGGUGGAUUUUUGUGAUGUGCUUAAUAUCCCAAUAAACAAGGCUGUUGUGAAAAAGGAAGAACUCACUGUAAAAUUAUUGGAGUUCUUGGAAUCACCACAUGCUACUACCGAUGUUUUGCUUGCUGAUAAGGAACAGAAAGGUAAGAAGCGUAAGGUCUCAACAGGCAGAAAUGCAACACCUGGAGAAGCAUCAGCCACACCAUCCAAGAAACAAAGACGGACAUCCCAAUCUGGAGAGAAACGGAAGCAGUCAUCAAAAGGUGAUGAAGAUGAAGACGAAGAUAAGGUUGAAUCACCAGAUGCCAAGGAUACUAAAAAUGACUCUCAAGAUGAUGAUGAUGAUGAAGAAAAUGAGACGGUGGCAAAAGAAGAGAGUGAUCAUGAGGAGAGCAAAUCAGAGGAAGAGGAAGAUGAACCAAAGGAGCAAACACCCACUCAGAAGGCAUCCAAAAAAAACGUGAAAGAAAGUUCAUCAGGGGCAAAAAGCAAGGACAAAGUCACAUCUGUCAAGAAAAGUGCCCAGGCAAAAUCUGUGAAAACUCCUGCAAAAUCUGCCAAAAAAUCUUCUGGUUCAUUGUCAAAGCAAGUUGCUACAGAAACUGAUGGAACCUCUGGUUCACAUUCUAAAUCAAAGGGAUCUACAUCUAAGAAACAGAAAGUUGAAAAGGAAAGUCCAGACCGAAGUGCGCCUAGCAAGGAGAAAGGCUCAAGCAAGAAACAAUUGAGCAAGUUGCCAUCAAAGGCUUCUACAAAGGAUCAAAGUAAAGUCAAAUCUGGCAGGAAGACAAAGGUGGAACCGAGUAGGGAGAAUAUGUAUGCAGUUGUAGUAGAUAUUCUGAAGGAAGUAGAUUUCAAUACUGCAACUUUAUCUGAUAUCCUCAGACAACUUGGUACCCAUUUUGGUGUAGACCUUAUGCACAGAAAAGCCGAAGUGAAGGAUAUUAUCACUGAGGUGAUAAACAAUAUGUCUGAUGAGGAAGAAGGGGAGGAAGCUGAUGACAAUGCUGAGGCUGGUGGUGAUGCAGACAAGGAUGGAGAUGGGGAUGAUGAUGCUUAACCUGAGCAUUGUGGAACAGGAGGUAUGGCCAUGCAUUCUCCAGAGAUCAUCUCCUUUUUUGGAGGGGGGGGGGGGUUCAACGGCAGUUGAUGAUAAACCCAAUACUGCAAUAUGGAUUGCAAGACUGUUUACUGAUGAAAAUACUCCACAGGGUUUGUACAAUAUGUAUUAGGAACUCUUUUCUUCGUACAAGUAGUGUUGAGCUGACCUUAAUUUUUAGUACUUUCUACCCAGUUCCCUGCCUCUCCAAAUUCCCUUCAGCUUCUCAUUAAAUUUGUCUGUUAGAUGUAUUUAUUGACUGUUCCUUUACAAAUGAGCAGUGAAUGAUUAUCUUUAUUUAAUUGAAUGGAAACUCUCUAAUGUUGAUCGACUUAAA